AUGACCUUCCCUCCCCCUCACCCUUCCGCCCAAUCGUCGAUUGCUUCUGGCACCGAUAAACCUUCUUCGACCAGGACUGAGAUUGGUGCCUGGGGUCGGUCCGCGUCGCAGACCGGCAUUCGUCGUGGGUUGACUCCUCUCGCGACCAACCUCUCCUCCGCCGCUCCCUCUGCUUCCUCCCGGGGCUUGGACGCAGGCCCUGGGGUUUCUACGCCAUCAUCAUUUUCUGCUGUUCUGAGUUCCACUAGGGGUAUAUCAGGCGGUAGUCCGAAGCCCACACCGUCUCCUUUCACCUCACUGCAGCCUGGCUCGCAGCAACAAGCCCAGUCUCUUUCUUCGCCCAAGUUUCGGGCACACACCCCAUCUGCUGGGUCUUACUUCGCUUCAGCAACAGGCUCCAUCACGGGUGGUGGAGGCACUGGGGGAGGUGGUGGGCCGAGUUCCUCUCGAGGUGUCGCCUUUUCACCACUAUCAUCCGGCACAACUGUGAACUCGCCUACGGGCUUUGCAUCAGACAAGCCUGGGUCAGCAGCUGCCCACUCGAGCCAAUCGUCGCUCACAAAGAUCUCAAUUGCACAGGUCUUCCUGCUGCUUGACUCAAUUACAGAGAAAGAAGGAAAAGAAAAGUGGGAGACAAAAGCCGCUCAGAUACAUAAGCUCGUGACAUCGAACGGUAUGGAGGUCUUUUCAAAAUAUUUCCGCCGCCUUCUUACUGGCAAUGCGCCCACAGUCUUCCCUGGGUCGAACAAGUCAGUCGAAAAUGCGGGCAACUACCCGCUUCUUGUGCAGGAAAUGCAGAAAGUGUCAUCCGAUAUCGAGCAGUCACAGAAGAUUGCGGAGACGGUAGACACUUCCGAAGGAGACAUUUUCCGUGACUUCGAUCUAUCCACCUUCUUAGACCACUUCCGUCUUGAUCCCGUUUUGAAAGUUGCGCUCGCCCUAGCUUUCAAAAUGACAAACAAGUCUGAUCUACGGGCUAAGGCCGAUGCAAUUCUCUCCAAUAACAUUGCUCCCUUCUUGCAAAGCCUCGCACAUCCCUCCGAAGCGACCAAAGACAUCGAAAAUUCUUUCCUUGGAAUGACCAUCGAACGCUUCAUUCUUUACCCUCCCCGAAAUUUCACAGAAGAUGUCAAGGCGAAGCUGGUCUAUGCAAUAAAUGUGCGAUACAAAAAUCUCAACAUGGACAUGCCAUUCGAAGUCUGCUCCGCUUUGCAAAUGUUCAACUUCGUCAACCCCCGAUACGCCCUUGUAAGGCAACUACAUGCCAAGGGACCCCGUGCAACCGCCAACAUAGAGGCUACCACGGAGUUGAUUAAUGCAGCGGGUCCAGAUAGCUGGAGCGAAGAGAACCUUGCAACCGCGCUUCUUUUCAUGAUUCUAUCUCAGUACUGGCACCUAUUCUCACUCGAUACCCUCAUUGGGGCCUAUGCCGAAAAGCAACCUAAUUGGACACUUGUAUUCCGGCACUUCGACCGAGAUGGCUUAAGGGUGGAGCCAAGGCAAUUUGAGAAGCUCUACACUGUGCUCUCUGCCCUCGCUGCUACUGAUGCCUCGGUGGAUGUCCAGAAGCUGUGGGGUGGUGACUGGGAGCAUCGUGAUACCCAAAUGUCAUUCCUCACAGCAUUCGUUGCCUCGAGAACGGAUGCCUCCCAAGUCCCAAACCUUCGUGCCACAUUUCCUUCUGACUUUUUUGAUGACGCACCCGAAACAGUGAAACUGCAGGGAGAGCGUGCAUCUAAAUCACCACUCCGUUCUAUGGAUGCUAUCAAGGCCAUUUUUGACCUCGCGUUGUUUUCCCAGGCCUCCUGGGCCGCAAAGGAAAGCCAACUUCUGAUCAAGGCGGUCGUGCAGUAUGACCUUCCUGUUUUUCUUAUCUCCGCCUUGGCUAUUCCUCAGCCAUGGUCUGGCGUUCAACAAAGCUUCGUCCUGCGAACUUUCGUCGUGUUCAUUUCGAAGCAAGAAGACGGGUUUCAGCUCGCUCUUCAUGGUGCGUGGCGCCAGGACCGCCAGUGGGUAUCUGAGCAAUUGUUCGCGGCUUUCAGCCAAGACCCUACAUCCACUGCCAUGAUCUACGACCAUGCAGUCACGUUUGGUUGGCUCGAAUAUCUUCUCGGCUUCACUAAUGGACUUGCUCUGGACCUUGCUUGCUAUUCAGACCGUCGGGGCUCAUUUGACCUCGGCCAAUGGAUCAGGCUUACUGCCCAGAAAGGACAAGUUGAUAUGGGCAGCCUUUUGUCCAAGUUUCUACGAAUUAAGGCUGAAGACGAGCUACACGUACAGCGCAAGGAGCAGUCGACCCCGCAGAUGGUCAGCCUUUCUGUAAAGACCGUUUACACUCUCCUUUCAGUACUUGAGGAGUUUGUUGGCGAUCGCGAGAAUUUGACGCCUGUUCAGCGCAUCUGCAUCCAGACGUAUCCUCGAUUGAUCAAUUAUGGCGAGGGCUUCGAUGACCUGAUUGAUGUUAACGGCCAAAAUGGCAACACAUUACCUGAGGCCGUUGACAAGCAAAUGCAGACACUCUUUGGCAAGAUGUACCAUGAUGAACUGUCGCUCAGGGAGAUGUUGGAGCUGAUGCGGCGAUACAAGUCAUCUCGAGAGCCUGAGGAGCAAGAUCUCUUUUCAUGCAUGGUACAUGGUCUCAUCGAUGAGUACCAUUGCUAUCACGAAUACCCUCUUGAAGCUCUUACGAAAACCGCAGUCAUGUUCGGUGGCAUCAUCAAUUUCCGACUGGUUGAUGGAAUCACACUCAAAGUUGGAUUGGGUAUGAUCCUGGAAGCCGUUAGAGAGCAUGAAGUAUCAAACCCAAUGUUCAAAUUCGGAGUGGAGGCCAUUGAGCAGCUCAUGGAUCGUUUGUCUGAGUGGGCAGGCUUCUGUCAUCUUCUCCUUCAAAUUCCCACCUUACGAAAUACACCUAUCUUCCAAAAGGCCGAAGAAGUCUUGCGAGCUAAAGGCAAGGAAGCCAUUGAAGGAGAGCCACCAAAUUGGGAUAUCGGACCUUCGCCAUUGCCAAAUGGCGACGCCGACGAGCGGUCAGCUGGUGAUAAACCCUUCACCUUCAAAUCUGUUUCGGUUGACGCUCCGCUUCGUGGAGAGCUCUACCGGGACCCAGAUGAAGAAGUUCAGGACAAGAUUCUGUUUGUCCUUAACAACGUUUCGGAGCAAAAUAUCGAGGAGAAGCUUUUGGAUCUACGUGAAGUUUUGCGGGAACAGCACCAUCAAUGGUUUGCGGCGUAUCUGGUGGAAGAGCGUGCCAAGCUGCAACCAAACUUCCAGCAACUCUAUCUUGACCUUCUUGAUCGAAUCGGAGACAAGAUUCUCUGGGCCGAGGUUCUGAGAGAGACGUAUGUCAGCCUUGCAAAGUUACUAAACUCGGAUGCCACUUUGAUCUCAUCUACUGAGCGAGGCCACCUCAAGAAUCUUGGUGCAUGGCUUGGCUCGUUGACAAUCGCGAAGGACAAGCCCGUUAAGCACAAGAACAUCUAUUUCAAGGGGCUACUCUUGGAAGGCUAUGAUGCCCAGAGACUUAUGGUUACAAUCCCCUUCACUUGUAAGGUGCUCGUUCAAGCCACAAAGUCAACUGUUUUUAAGCCCCCCAAUCCUUGGCUGAUGGAUGUACUUGGUCUUUUGCUGGAGCUUUACCACUUUGCUGAGCUUAAAUUGAAUCUCAAAUUCGAGAUAGAAGUUCUUUGCAAAGAUUUAGAUCUUGACCAUAAGACUGUUGACCCGGCUGUUAUCAUUCGGGAUCGUACAGCUCAGGUGGAAGAUGUCAUGCCAGCACCCACAAACAUUCCCGAGGGACUGGAAGCUUUCGAGGAUAUGGGUCUCUCAUCCAUCAACCAGGGCAUUCGCAACGAACGACUUUCCCCUGCCGCUAUUAUGUCUACUCUGCCUAGCCUUGACAAGAUUCUUGUUCUGCCUCCCUCGGCAAGCAGUAUGGUGGAUCCUACGGCGUUGAGACAAAUAGUCACCACCGCAGUGGAACGUGCCAUUGCGGAAAUAAUCACACCGGUUGUCGAACGCUCCGUUACCAUUGCCUCCAUCUCUACCGUGCAACUCGUCUCGAAGGACUUCGCAAUGGAGCCCGACGAGGAGAAAGUGCGACAUGCGGCUGGCAUUAUGGCCCGACAGCUUGCCGGUAGCCUUGCUCUGGUUACUUGCAAAGAGCCUCUUAAGGUCAGCAUGACCAAUUACAUCCGGAUGAUCCAACAGGAGUACUCCGAUCAACCUAUGCCAGAAGGUCUGAUUUUGAUGUGUGUGAAUGAUAACUUGGAUGCCGCUUGCGGCAUUGUGGAGAAGGCGGCUGAAGAGAAGUCCCUGCCCGAGAUCGAGAAAAUGGUUGAGCCCCAGCUUGAGGCGCGACGUCGCCAUCUUGCUACUCGCCCUAAUGAGCCGUUUAUUGAUCCUUCUAUGAACCGCUGGGGUCUCUUCAUCCCAGAGCCAUAUCGCCAAGCUCCUGGUGGCCUCAACAAGGAACAACUGGCCAUCUACGAAGAGUUUGCUCGUCAAUCACGCGGAACCGCUACUACUCUCCCCCAAAACGCUUCGACUGAUACCGGCCGUCAGCUUCCUGAUGUGCUGCAAGAAGCAUACCCUGCCAUUCCCAAUCUCUCCACGCCCGCUGAGCAGCCUGCCGUUCCCCACAGGACGCCUCAAGCUCAAGCUGUCUCCCAGAUUAGUGGCGUGCACACCAAUGGUUUCAUCGACGGCCAAGGCCCACGAGAGAAGGUUGAAGCUCUCAUCUCCGAGCUCCAGCAGGCCACUCGGGAUGCGGCUGAGGAGCGAGUGAAAGAUCUCGGCAGAGACAGUGCUGUACUUCAAGAAUACAACACAGCGUUGCGUUCCAUUCUAGCUUCACCAAACGGCGAAGAGCUGGCACGACUGACUUCGUUGAAGAUUUGUACGACUCUAUACUCCCAGUCAUCAGGACCCCUGGAACUUGAAGUUCUUGUUCACCUACUUGCCAAGCUCUGCGACAUGUCAACGCUCAUUGCACGAUACACGUGGGCGUUAUUGGCGGAGAUUGACGAUGAGCACAUGUUCAAUGUACCUGUCACAGUUUCUCUGAUUGAUGCUGGUCUUCUGGAUAUUCGUCGGGUCGACAUGGUCCUGGCCCGCCUUAUCGGUCAAAAAGAUCUUCGUGCCUUGGAGUUGCUUGAUACUCUGAUGAUUCGCGUUCUCCUGAACGACGAACCCGCAGCUCUCAGAUCCGACUUCUCAGGCAGUCUGGAGGCCAUGAGUCAAUGGCUCAUCACAGACCCUACUCUCACUCCUGCCUUGGAAAUUAUCCGCAAGCUGCGCGAUGGUGGCAUCCCAGAGGUUGUCAACCCACUCCUGGGUGAUCAAGCCAGAUCCAAGCGAGACCAGAUGGAGUACAUUUUCAGUGAAUGGAUCGGCAUCUACAAAGCUGCUGGUGCGACUGAUCGGACCUACCACUCCUUCCUGCAGGACAUGCACAAUCGUCAAGUCAUGAACAAUCCUGAAGAUUCUGCUUUGUUUUUCCGCCUUAGCAUCGAUAUUUCUAUUGCCAUGUUCGAACAUGAGUGCCAAAACCCCAAUGGAAGCAUUGACGAAGCAUUUUUGUACAUUGAUGCCCUAUCAAAGCUUGUUGUUCUCCUUGUCAAGUUCCAGGGUGAAAGCGCCGGUGCUGUUAAGGCCAGCAAACCCGCAUACUUUGGGUCUAUUCUUUCUUCUCUCGUUCUUGUUCUCAACCACCAUCAAGUUAUGCGAGGCGAAGCAUUCAACCAGCGUGUUUUCUUCCGCCUGUUCUCCAGCAUCCUCUGUGAAUAUUCAUUAGCUGGGUUCCAACACCACGAAGAUCAUAAGGGUAUGAUAUUUGCCAUGGCCAACCGAAUUCUGUCAAUGCAGCCGCGAUACAUCCCUGGGUUCGUUUAUGGCUGGCUUUCUCUGGUCUCCCACCGCGUCUUUAUGUCGGACAUGCUUAAUAUGCCCGAGCGGGCUGGCUGGCCACUCUACUGUGAGAUUAUGCAGGCCUUGCUCUCCUACAUCGGCGAGCAGCUCAAGGCGGCCAACAUCUCUUACGUCGCCAAGGACCUGUACAAGGGCGUCCUCCGCAUCUUGCUCAUUCUACAUCACGACUUCCCUGAGUUUGUGGCCGAGAACCACUUUCAGUUUUGCAAUGUGAUCCCUGCUCAUUGCGCGCAGCUCCGCAACCUGGUCUUGAGUGCUUACCCAUCAUCCUUCCAGAAGCUCCCCGAUCCUUUCCGCGAGGGCCUCAAAGUGGAGCGCAUUGAAGAAAUGCGCGAAAUCCCUCAGAUUGCAGGAGAUAUUGCUGCGCCUCUGGAGCAGGCAAACAUUAAGGACACCGUGGACAGCGUUCUCCAAAGCGGCAAUGCCUCUGAUGUUCACAUUCAACAACUUUGUGAUGCUGUCAUCAAUUCGGCAUCGUCUGAUACCGCCCUCUUCUACGCCCCCAUCAAUGUGGACGUUGUCCUCAUGAACGCGCUAGUCUUGUACAUUGGCCAACAAGCCGUCGAAGAGCUGGCCCCCAAGACCAACACCCGCAGUGCAUUCGAAGAUUCUCCUCAUGCCGCACUUCUGGACAAGCUUGCCCAAAACAUGCAACCGGAGGCUCGGUACUAUUUGCUGAGUGCUAUGGCCAACCAAUUGCGGUACCCCAACAGCCAUACCUACUUCUUCAGCUUCACCAUUUUGCGUCUCUUUGGCGUGGACUAUUCUGAACAGGAUGAGUCCGAUAUCCGCCAGCAAAUCAUUCGAGUGCUUCUGGAACGCCUGAUUGUCCACCGUCCUCACCCAUGGGGCUUAAUUAUCACUCUGCAGGAGCUGCUUCAAAACCGGAGCUACUCUUUCUUCCGUCUUCCUUUCAUCCAAGCGGCCCCUGAGAUCGGUCGACUCUUUGAUGCUCUGCUUCAGCACAUUCAGCAGCAAAGCCCCCGCCCCUUGGCGUAA